AUGGGCAACGCGCAGGGGCAACUAAGCCCGCAGGAGCAGAAAGACCUUGUCCAGGCCGCCAACUUCAGUGAGCGCGACAUCAAAAAGUUGUACAAACGGUUCCGCGCCCUGGACACAAAUCAUAACGGAGAACUCGACCCACACGAGCUUUUCGACGUACCAGAGAUUGCAGAUAAUCCGUUGGUUAAGCGCGUGCUUUCGAUAUUUGACACAAAUGGAGAUGGCCGCGUAUCUUUCAUAGAGUUUCUGGUGGGUCUGUCAAAGUUAGCUGCCGGGACGGACGAAAUGCAGAAGACGAAGUUUGCUUUCGACGUUUACGACAUCAACAAGGACGGCCACAUCAGCAACGGGGAACUCUUUGCAGUGAUGAAGAUGAUGGUUGGAAACAACUUGAAUGAUCAGCAGCUGCAGCAGCUGGUGGACAGGACGAUAGUACAGGCAGACAAAGAUGGAGACGGAAUGAUUUCCUUUGAAGAGUUCAGGGAGAUGGUUUCGCACAUCGAUAUCGCUGACAAGCUGCGAGUUGACGUUUGA